AUGCUGAGAUCUGUUGCAUUCGGCCAGGUUUGGCAAGGUAUGCGUCCAUGCCUGCAUCCAUGCAAACUUGUUAGAGUUUGGUUAUUUAUGUCAAAAAAAAAUUCUAUCCUUUAUUUCUUUGAGAUCAUUUAUUUUUCUACAUUUAUAGAAAAUUUUUUAAUAUCCAAUCAAGACAUAGGCCCAAAUAAAUUCAGUGAAUUACGAAGUAUCUAUAAAUACUACAUCGAUUCAUUUACUGCAUUGUAUCAGCUAAAAACGGAAAAUGAAGAAGAAUUAAAUUCAAUUUACAAAAUGAUCAAAGCAAUUCAUGCAGAAAAUACAAUUUAUAGAGCAAUUAUGAAUAAUGACAAAGAAAGAUUCAUCGCAUUCACUGAAAGAGAAGAAUUUGAUAAAGAUCAAAAACUUGAAAGCAGUUUAUAUCCAAAAUAUGGCUACAAUUCAUUACUUGAAUUAUGUUGUUACCAUGGAGCUAUUGAUUGCUUCAAGUUCUUAAGAAUGAAAUUCACCUCAGAAAUAACUACAAAAUGUCUAGAAUUUUCAUUUUUAGGAGGAAAUUCAGAGAUAAUGAGUGAAUGCUUGAAAUAA